CGUUUGCUGCGCCAUCUAUCUGCACGCUAUCGAGUGGUGAAAAAAAAAGAACACGAACAGCAUGUUGGAACGCUUGUAAAUGCUUGUAAAGUAAUGCGAAGCCAUGCUGAUUCGAGUGUAAAAGUGUAACGCGUGAAAAUUCAGUCCAAAGUUUUAUACUGUGCUCAUUUUUAUUCCGCUUCGCACGAUUAGUGAACAAAAUAUUGCGGUUGAUAUAUGUAUAUACGAAGAAAGACGAAGUGUAGUAGAAGAGGGACUAGCUUUUCCAUGAUUCACGUUCGGGCUGUAUACGACCAGAACUACAAGCCGAUGCUACUACGAAAGAAUUGAUUACUUAAAACAUUUUAUAAUACAGGAGUCACAUGUAGUUCAAAGGAAUACCAAAAUUAAUUACAUAUACUAUUACCUUGGAAUUAUGGAAUACUUUGAAUAUCAAUACAACAUUGCCAUUGCUUAACAAUUACACAAAUUCUUCCAUUUCUUUAAAGCUGAAGGAUCAGUUUUAUAAUUGCACUAAUUUGUAGAUCAAUGGUGAUUUUAUUUGCAUGUUCAUGCACUAAAUCAUUUAAAACAUAAUGAAAACAAAUAUAUUUGGUGAUUCCACAACACAAAAAAUGGCAAAUGAUAAAAGCAAUGAAGAUUAUAGUAUUCACAGUACAGAAUUGGAUAAACAAUGUUUUUCCCCUUGGAGUCCUUUACAAGAGAAUGAUGCGUUGCUUAAACAUAGAUAUAUAUCAUGUAGCAGAUCAGUUCCACAUAGAAAUAGACGUUUUGUUCGGUACAAGAUAAAUAGAUCAUUGAAUUUUGAUGCAAAUGCUCAGAGCUCUAGCUCAGAAAACAGUUCUUUCGAAGAAGACAAACAUCUUUCUAGGUCUGCUAAAAUAAUGAGAGCUCUAAAUUGCACCACCAGUCCUUCAUAUUAUGGAAGGACAAAAAUAAAAAAAUCAUUGAACUUUAAUUUAACUCCUAGUCCAAAAAGAUUUUUGCCUGCAAGAAGUAUUCGGAAGACACUAAGUUUAAACUUUGGUUCACCUUUGUCUGCUUCAAGUAAAUUGUUAAACUUUGAAGAUGAUUCGAAUGAUUCUGUGAAAAGCAAAUUAAUAUUUACAUCCACUGAAUCCAUUGAUGAAAAUCAAAAUGAAACACCGUCUCAACAUAGUACAAAAGAUCAUGAUACAUUGCAUUUUUCAACUCCUAAUACAACAUUAAGCAGAAAAUCCUUGUACUCUACUAGCUUCACACCAGUAUUACGUAGUCGACUGAAAGAAACUAUCGAUAAUAUUGUAUACAUUACUGCAACACCUAACUCACAGUCAUUGAAAUCUAUGAAAGGAAGAACCAAAGGUUUGAAUAAUGGCUUUGCAAAUACAUCCAGAAAUUUGCUUCAGGAGUUUCAUGACAGUGAUGAUGAUAGACCUUGCACACCUGAAAAUGUAAUUCGAAUAAUUCCUGAAAGCAUGAGUGCUAUCAAAAGAAGUCAUAGAAAGGAAAGAUCAUCGAGGUGGAACGGACAUUCUACAACGCAGGCUACAAGUAGUUUCCUAAAUAACACAAAUACAUUUGAAAACAUGACCAAGUCUCAACACAAGUACCAUUUGCAAGAUUCCAACUCUACAGAUCGAUCUUCUAGCAGAAACUCUGAUGCACAAGAUAUACCGUCGUACAGUUCGGAAGAUGAUAUGUCAGAUACAGGUUCGCUUUUCGAUUAUAAAGACGAACUGAAAAAUGUCUUAGACGAAUCUAAAGAAGUAUCCAAUUGCAUGUCAAACUCUGACAUUGUGCAACCUAAGUUUGAAAAGUGCGAUAUUAAAGUAAAAGCAGAAGAUAAUUUACCUGUUCAGAACAUAAAGACUGAAGCUAGACCAGUGACUCCAGAUUUAGCGGCGGAGCACAUCUUAGAACCACAAAAAUCUGUUACUCCGGAGAAUCGUAUAGAUUUUCUAAAAAAAAUUUCUAAAGAUUCUAUAAAAAAAUCUCAUAAGAAGAAAAAAGACGUAAAUAAAAAGAAAAUUUUUAGUUCGAAAGUUUUACAAUUCAAAGUCGGAGAUGUGAAUCAGGCCGACGGAGAAUACUGGGAUAAUUCCGAGCAAGCUGGAAACAACGAAGAAAAUAAAUUAAACGUAGAACAGAAUAACUUUGAUAAAGUGGACGUAGAACGUGCAUGUACUCCGGAAAUGGUACAUUCCAGCAGGUUGUUACUGCCACAAUUUAGUUCUGUUAAAAAAUCUCACAAGAAAGACAAACACAGUAAAAUAUUAUCUGGAUUUUUGAAACGGCAAGAGUAUUUUAACAAAGAAAUAAACUCCGUGAAAGAUAAUAACAAUAAAGCGUUCAAUGGCGACGAUGCAUCCGAAUAUAAAAAAUGUAUAGAUCUUUCUUCGGAUUUCGAUACCACUGCAAACUCCAGUGAUUCUUCCUACCUGGUUAACGUAUCAGCUAAAUUGUCUCCAAGCAAAAGAAAGAUAUCGUUGAACACGACGUCAUCGAGUCAUGACGCGAGUGUAUCAUGCGAUUCUGAAUUGCAAGAGUGCGAUAUUUCUCAGGAGGAAUUUCAAAUUUUCACUCCACUUAAAAGGAAGAGACCUCUGAUUGCAUCGAACGCAAAAGAAUAUUUACAUUUCUACGAUUUACCAUCCGGGAAAGAUGAAGUAUUAGAAAAACCUGUCGCUAAUAUCAAUUUCUCAAGGUGUUUGACGCCUGUUCUAAGUCUCCAGGAAAAUUACAUCAAGCCAGAAGAAAAUCAUCCCGUGACGAUAAAAUCAGAUGAUGUUAGCACCGAAGAUUUGGAAGUAAAUGUUUGCGAGUCUAACAGUAAAACUGGCAGAUCGACGCCAAGGAAUAUGUCGACCGAAGAAUUGUACUCUAAUAUAGAUUCCAUUAAAAAAUCACACAAAAAGAAUAAACGUGGAAAUAUUUCACGAAAAGGCUUUAAUCUGAUUAGAAGUAAUGUUUGCGACGAGAAGGGUCAGAGUUCGUCAGAAGACAUCAAGAACGAAACAUUUGAGAAAUUAGAAUCUCCGACUGACUCGAUCGACCAUGAAAAGGUUGAAGGUUCGAGCGGUAGCGCCAACGACCAUGACUCGUCGAGUGCGAACCCGAUAAUAGCGAUACAAAAUGUGACACCACCAAAUUGUUUGAAAGCAAAAAAUUAUAUGAAGCUAUUACAAGAAACGUCUAUUAAACGAUCACACAAGAAGGUCCGCGAUCAAAGGAAACGCGAAGCUAGGAUCGAUACAAACGAAUUGUCGGACGAUGGAUCUAUAUUCGGCGAUGAAGAGAAAUUAAAUUAUGUUGGAGAAGAGCACACUACUCUAGGUAAGCAGUAACGGUAAUCGCGUUGAUGUAGAGUUGUGAUGAUUUAAAAGACAUAACUCACAAGCGUGGUAAGUAUAGUUCUAAUGAUUCACAAUCAUCACGUUACGUGUAUGUAAAAACAUUUAAAAACCUACUUAGAAAGGUUUCUGACCAUCACAUGUUUUUCGUCUGACUAGACAGAUUCAAUAAAAUUUUUAUUUAAAUCGUUCUAUCCAGCAACAAAUGCUUUGAAUAUGUAAUGUGCCUUAUAUUAUAUGAAGUAAUUUUUCUUUCUACUUAAUUUCAUCUAUAUGUACAUACACAAUGGCGAAUGACGCUAUUUAACAAUCGUUGCGCUAACGCGAAUAACUAAACUAACAUCAUCAACAUUCGAUUGUGAUUCACCGAAUUA